AUGUCUUCGUUAAAAACUCAAUUCCCUACUGAUUUCAUUGUCGAAGUGGAUUACUUGGUCAACCUUUUCAGUAUGGUUUCUUUGGAUAAGGAUAAUGAACGUUCAGAUUCGGAACACUGUGAUCCAUUUGGAAAUAUUUGGAGAUAUUUCUGGAGGAUGUGGAUUAGUUGA